GAACGGCGACGGGGACAAAGGGGCCAGCGGCGUCGUGCUUGGCCACGAAGGCGAGGCGGCGGCUAGGAAGCCUGAACAAGCCAAUGUUAGAAGAGUGAGGGAAGGUCUACAUGCUAAUAUGCCAAGGUGAGACAAUCCAGCGUUGGAUCAGAAAUUAAAGACUGAGAUUUUACGUGUGCACCAUGUGCACCGAUCAGUGAUGUGCACAGGAUACGCCGCCGAUCCCCUAUUCCCCUCCCUCCACAGCCUCCUCUCUUUCUCUCUCCCGACUCCUCAACAUCGCGACCUCUCUCCCCUCCCCUGCCCCUGCCCCUCCCACCUCCCUGCACCGCCAAACCCCUCGCUCCCGCCUCCUCCUCCGCCGCUCUAAGAUCUGGUCUCUCGCGGCCCUGCGGCGCGCCCCGAGCUCGUCGCCUCGCGCGCACGCGAGCUUCCCUGCCCACCCGGACACGAGCCGACGAGCGAGCCCCCCAUUGCGGCGCCCCGUUUCCCCCGCACGCGGCGGCAGGGCGCGGAGAGCGAGUCCGGCAGUCCGCGCGCGCCUGUUCGUGAUGGGGCGGUGCUGGCGCCGGGGCUGAUGCGGAGGCCGCUGCCAUGUCGGACGUCUCGUUGGAUCUCGGCGGCAUCCGGGCGGGGCCCGUGGAGCGUGACAUCGAGCAGAUCAUCAUCUAUCGCCUGCGUGCUCUCAGCCCGCGUUGGGCGGAUUGAUUUCCCCUCCCCGGUCCAUGGUUCUACCGUGGGUGCAACUGAGAUGUGGAUGGGCAGCGCCUACGUGCUCUCUGCCCACGCGUAGCGCGGAAUUUUGGGCCAGCUCGUGCUCUUUGUGUGCGGACGUGAAAUGGUGCCUGAUUCCGGCGGAAUUCAUGGUCCUUGAUGCUGUGGUUCGAUGGUUUUCUUCUUACGUGCUACAUUGAAGCUCAGACUGGACAUUACAGGUCGCUGUUCCCCUUCCUCUGCUGAAAUUCCGGGAGGCCAUCACUGCUCUCAAGAAAGGAGCAUACUUGCUGAAGUACGGACGUAGAGGAAAACCAAAGUUUUGUCCAUUUAGGUUAUCCAAUGAUGAAUCUGUACUGAUAUGGUUCUCAGGGAAAGAAGAGAAACAUCUAAGGUUGAGCCAUAUAUCCAAGAUAAUUCCUGGGCAACGGACUUCAAUUUUUCAGAGGUAUCCACGGCCUGAGAAAGAAUGCCAGUCUUUUUCUCUAAUUUCACAUGAUAGGUCAUUGGAUGUAAUAUGCAAAGAUAAAGAUGAAGCUGAAGUAUGGUUCGCUGGGCUGAAAACACUGAUUUCACGUUGUCACCAAAGAAAAUGGAGAACUGAAUCUAGAAGUGAUUUGCUUUCCUCUGGUGCAACUAGUCCGAGGACUUACACACGACGGAGUUCUCCUUUGAGUUCACCUUUCAGCAGCAAUGACAGCAUCCACAAGGAUGGCAGUGACAAUUAUCGACUCCGUACUCCAUAUGGAAGCCCACCAAAGAAUGGAUUGGAGAAGGCAUUUUCUGAUGUCAUGCUGUAUGCAGUUCCUCCCCGUGGUUUCUUUCCAUCAGAUUCUAAUGCUGGAUCUGUCCAUUCUAUGUCUUCUGGACACUCGGAUAACACAAAUGGGCACCCUAGAGGCGUUCCAAUGGAUGCUUUCCGAGCCAGUUAUUCAAGUGCAGUUAGUUCAUCUAGUCAUGGUUCUGGUCAUGACGAUGGUGAUGCUUUAGGCGAUGUUUUUAUAUGGGGAGAAGGAACCGGGGAAGGAAUUCUUGGUGGUGGUGGUUCAAGAGUUGGAAGCUCCUCAGGUGCAAAAAUGGACUGCCUUGUACCAAAACCGUUAGAAUUUGCCGUGCGACUUGAUGUGCAGAACAUAUCUUGUGGAGGAAGGCAUGCUGCACUUGUUACUAAACAAGGCGAGAUAUACUCAUGGGGUGAGGAAUCAGGGGGACGGCUUGGUCAUGGUGUUGAUUGUGAUGUGUCUCAGCCAAAACUUAUUGAUGCUCUUUCUCAUAUGAACAUUGAGCUUGUAGCAUGUGGUGAAUAUCACACUUGUGCUGUUACACUAUCUGGAGAUCUUUACACAUGGGGGGAUGGCACAUUUAAAUUUGGGCUUUUAGGUCAUGGAAAUGAUAUCAGUCACUGGGUACCAAAGCACGUGAAUGGACCAUUAGAGGGCAUACAUGUUUCAUCAAUUUCAUGUGGACCUUGGCAUACAGCCGUAGUAACUUCCGCUGGACAGCUUUUCACAUUUGGUGAUGGAUCUUUUGGGGUUCUGGGCCAUGGAGAUCGUGAGAGUAUCUCGGUCCCCAGGGAAGUUGAAUCUCUCAAAGGGCUACGCACGGUGCGGGCAGCUUGUGGUGUUUGGCACACUGCUGCAGUUGUAGAAGUCAUGGCUGGGAAUUCAAGUUCUAGCAAUUGUUCUUCUGGUAAGAUAUUUACAUGGGGUGAUGGUGAUAAAGGUCGCUUAGGUCAUGGUGACAAGGGACCAAAACUUGUCCCAACUUGUGUGGCUGCUUUGGUGGAGCCCAAUUUUUGUCAGGUUGCUUGUGGGCAUUGCUUGACAGUAGCCCUAACAACUUCUGGGCAUGUGUAUACAAUGGGCAGUGCUGUCUAUGGUCAACUUGGGAAUGCACAAGCUGAUGGUAUGCUUCCUGUGCGUGUUGAAGGGAAGCUACACAAAAACUUUGUGGAGGAGAUUUCAUGUGGCGCUUAUCAUGUGGCUGUAUUGACUUCUAAGACCGAGGUGUACACAUGGGGAAAAGGUGCAAAUGGGCGGUUAGGUCAUGGCGAUACUGAUGAUAAGAAUACUCCUACAUUGGUCGAAGCACUGAAAGAUAAGCAAGUCAGAAUUGUUGUUUGUGGAAUUAAUUUCACUGCAGCAAUAUGCAUUCACAAAUGGGUAUCUGGAGUUGAUCAAUCGAUGUGCUCAGGUUGCCGUCAGCCAUUCAACUUGAGGAGAAAACGCCAUAAUUGUUACAACUGUGCUCUAGUAUUUUGUCAUUCCUGCAGCAGUAAAAAAUCCCUGAAGGCUUCAUUAGCACCUAAUACAAACAAGCCCUACCGUGUCUGCGAUACCUGCUACAGCAAACUGACAAAGGGACUUGAGACGGAUAUGCAUUCUUCAGCGAAGCGAGCUGCUACUGUACCGGGAGUCAGUGAUGCAAAUGAGGAGGAUCUGGAAACAAGGUCAAAUGCUCAACUAUCAAGGUUGUCUUCAAUGGAAUCUUUUAAGCAUUUGGAUAGCAGAUAUUCCAAGAAAAAUAAGAAGUUUGAAUUUAAUAGCACUCGUGUUUCCCCUGUGCCUAAUGGAAGUUCACAUUGGAGUGGACUAAACAUUUCAAGAUCUUUCAAUCCUGUAUUUGGAUCUUCAAAGAAGUUCUUCUCAGCAUCAGUUCCUGGAUCUAGAAUUGUUUCUAGGGCAACAUCACCGAUUUCAAGAAGAGCAAGCCCUCCACGAUCUACAACACCAACACCUACUCUGGGUGGUCUAACAUCUCCAAGAGUUGUUCCCAAUGAUGGCAAGCCAACAAAUGAUGCAUUAAGCCAAGAGGUUCUGAAUUUGAGGUCUCAGGUGGAGAGUCUUGCUAGGAAGUCUCAACUCCUGGAAGUGGAGCUGGAAAGAACUACCAAACAACUGAAGGAAGCUAUUUCUAUUGCUGGUGAGGAAACUGCAAAGUGCAAGGCAGCAAAGGAAGUAAUCAAGUCACUCACUGCACAAUUGAAGGGGAUGGCAGAGAGAUUACCUGGAGGAGCAGCCAAGAACACUAAGUUGCCACCUCUUCCUGGAAUUUUCAUUCCAAGUGACAUUCCGUCUAUGCCUACGGAGAGUGAGGGCAGCCCAAGCAGCUCUGGAGAACAAAUCAUAAAUGGUCAUAAUGGAUUGCUUACUUCUAAUGGACAAAGUUCUAUUAGGAAUAAAACGAGCCAUCCAGAAGUUGGCAAGAAUGGAGGUAGGCUGCCUGAUGCUGAAUCUUGCCACGAUGCUGAAUGGGUAGAGCAAGAUGAACCAGGUGUUUACAUUACUCUCACUGCGUUGCCUGGAGGCGCCAGAGAUCUCAAGCGGGUUCGGUUCAGCCGGAAGAGAUUCAGUGAGACACAAGCAGAACAGUGGUGGCAACAGAACCGGGCGAGGGUAUACCAGCAGUACAAUGUCCGCGUGAUUGACAAAUCGACCGCCAGUGUCAACAGUGACAUUGCGGCUAACUGACACUAGAUUGACCUGGAGAAACAUACCUGAUUACAAGCGGAGCUGAGGCCAUGUAACCUGAAGGGCUCUCUCGUCAGUCAAGCUGGGUUGCUAACGUGGCUACCAUUUUACCUACCCCCCUGAGAAGAGGUGGUUUCUGCUCCCAGGAAAACAGGAAGUUUUUUUUAUCUUCAGUUUUACAUAAUUCUUUACUCUUACCCCGACCCCCCCCCCCUUUUUUUUUCUCAUUGUGUGAAAAGUAGAGUGCUUGAGCAGAGGUAAUGUAAAUGCUUAGUAGAAGCAGGCUAAUCUAUCUUGUAAAUGCAUAAGCAAGCAUCGGUUUUAGAAUGCCUUGGGAAUCUUCCAAUAUGAUUGCAAAUGCAAAUGGCAAAUCUGGGCCAAGUAUUGAUGGUCUCUGAAGUUUGUAGUAGAGCCUGUAUGCAUAUAAAUCUGAAGCAAUCCCGAGGUCGGAAGUCGUA